AUGGAUGUAGCAAAGAGAUGGCUCUACUACUUAGAACCGGGUUCCGUAACCACUUGGGGUAGUCUAAAAAAGAAAUUCUUAGAGAAAUUUUUCCCCGCCUCUAGAGCAAACAAUAUUAGGAAAGAAACUUAUGGGAUAAGACAAGACUUUGGAGAAUCCCUCUCGAAAUACUGGGAAAGAUUAAAAGAGUUUUGUGCUAGCUUUCCUCACCAUCAAAUUUCUGAUCCUUCUUUAAUUCAAUAUUUUUACUCCGAUCUUUUGUCUUCUGGUAGGAAUACUAUAGAUGUCCCGGCGGGAGGAGCUCUAACCGACAAGAUCCCCAUCGAAGCACGGAAGCUCAUUUCAAGAAUGGCGGAAAAUUCUCAAAGCUUUGGGAAUAGAGCAUCGGAGCUUGACAAUUCUCUAACAAAAGAGGUAAGUGAAUUAAAAUCACAAAUGUUAAAUAUGACUACUCUUCUUACUUCUUUUGUACAACGUACUCCUCUUAAAGUAACCAUGUGUGGAGUUUGUGGCUUGGUUGGUCAUCCAAAUGACAAAUGUCCCGAGGUGAUCGAGGAUGUAAACAUUGUUCGAAAAUAUGACCCCCACGGUAAUACAUACAAUUUGGGGUGGAGAGACAACCAAAACUUAAGAUGGGGGAAUGACAACCAAAAGCAUACACAAGCACCACCCACCUCUUCAAACCAAGGUACGAAUCUUGAAGAUAUUAUCAAAGCUUUGGCAACUAACACUCUUUCUUUUCAACAAGAGAUGAAACAACAAAUGACUCAACUUACUACCGCCAUAAGCAAGAUGGAUGGGAAAGGAAAACUUCCGGCUCAACUGGACCAUGCUAAUGUAAGUGCCAUUUCACUAAGGAGUGGUAAGACUCUUGACACCUCCACCACCAAAGAGAAAAAGGUAACUUCCAAACCCUUACCUCUUAAUAGUAAGAAUGAGUCCAAGGAAGAAAAGGUUGAAACAAACCCCUCACCAUCUAAUUCUAAAAAUGAUAAAUCUCCUCUUAAUGAUUUUACUCCUUACAUACCUAAACCUCUUUUUCCCUCUAGGUUGGCACCAAAAAAGAAGGAAACACCCAAGGAGGAAGUGCUCUUGGAGAUGUUUAGAAAGGUGCAAAUCAACUUGCCCCUUCUCGAUGUAAUCCAACAAGUCCUGAGGCGGAUUGGAAAAAUGAUUAUUUUAAAUGAAGUUGUUGAAUCUGUUCAUGCUGAAAGUAGUUGGAUUUUUAGCACUGGUUUCCUUUUUCCGUCUAGUUACAUUGAAAUCUCCUCCAAUGAGCCAACCAUUGGAAUGUCUGGAGGAGAUGUUGUUGAGCUCAAUCCAGAAGGCAUUUGUCUGUGUUCUUUUUGCUGGGCCAUAGAUUGUUGUGAGAGUCCAAAGAGGGAUGUCUUGGUUGUUGAAGUUUGCCGUUAG